CUGCAUGCGGCUGUUUGAACUUCAUGUGACGGGCUGCAUGGUUGUUACUGCUGCUCUGGAUUCCUGAAGAUCCUUAAGUCUGAGUGUCCCCUUCCUUAGAGUGUGAGGGGGACGAGUUCCUUAAUGGUUACGGAUCCAGGGACUCCAUCAUCAGAGCAGAUGCAAAGAAGGAACGGAAAAGACCGAGGAGUGGGCAGAUAAAGAGGACAGACAGCUGGAUCAGCUGGGAUCGAGGCCCCGUCAGAGCUGAAGGAGGCACAGAGAGGCAGCAGACUGAGUUUGGGCUGAGUGGCGGUGUGGCCAUGCGCUGUUCAACUUUACUCGUUAUCUUCACCGGGGUGCUCCUUUACCUGGUGCUUGGAGCGUUGGUGUUCCGCUCCUUGGAGGCUCCUUUAGAGGAGAAAGAACAUACGGUGCUGAUGCAGAAAACCCUGGAUUUUCUGUCAAACAACUCCUGCAUUGACCGGAAUGUCCUGAAUGACUAUGUAGAGAAGGUGCUUGACGCUGUGGGUGCUGGAGUGUCUGCAGAAGCUGCUAUACUAAAUGAAACCUUUAUCACCAACUGGGAUAUAGCGAGUGCUCUUUUUUUCUCAGGGACAAUCAUGACCACCAUCGGCUAUGGAAACAUCUCUCCCAAGUCAGAUGGAGGGAAGCUUUUCUGCAUCGUCUAUGCCUUGGUUGGAAUCCCAAUGUUUGGCAUCCUGCUUGCUGGGGUUGGUGACCACCUGGGUACUGGUCUACAGAAAACUGUCGGAAAAAUAGAGAAACUCUUCCUGAAAUGGCGGAUCAGUCCCACCAUUGUGCGUGUGAUCUCAGCAGUCCUGUCCAUCCUGCUGGGUGUUUUGCUCUUCCUUGCUGUGCCAACUUUGGUUUUCCAAGAGGUGGAGAACUGGUCUCUUCUUGAGUCUGCCUAUUUUGUGGUUAUCACGCUGACCACAGUGGGCUUUGGUGAUUAUGUUGCAGGGGGAGGUGAAUCUAUGAAAAAUAUUAAUGAAAACCUGUUGCCGGAGUUGUGGUAUAAGCCUUUGGUUUGGUUUUGGAUCCUCCUGGGUCUUGCAUACUUUGCUUCCAUCCUGUCAAUGAUCGCUAACUGGCUCCGGGUUCUAUCAAAGAAGACGAGGGCUGAGAUGGAGGAACUGAGAGCCCAUGCUACAGACUGGACCCAGAACAUCCAGAACAUGUCUGUGGACUUUCGCAUUCCAGGAAACUUGGAUGACCAUUUCAAGCGUCGGCGGAGGAAGCACCGCCAUCGCAGCCACGGUCACAGCCGCUCUGCUAAUGGGGCCAAAGGAGAGAAGGGAGAGCUUCGUGAGAGUCAGACCGAAUCUGAAUCGUACUCCUCCUCCUAUUCAUCUUCUGAAUCAGAAUCUGGAUCGGAAACAGAAACAGACUCUCAGGCCACUCAGACUGACCGGGUUCCUGCUACAGAGGCUCCUCCGGACUCCCUCCUCCCACAGCCUCUGGACUUCUUGGCGGAGAACUUUGCCUUCAUUGAUGAGUCGUCAGAUGCUCAGAGUGGCAAAGUGGAUUUGGAACCUGUGCAGGAAUCAAAACCACCCAACUCUCGUCAUGCAAAGAGGAGACGACAUAGGCGGCCUACUCAUAGAAGAAGCUCUAAAACCAACUACUCCACCAGAAACAAAAAGCAGCCCAACGGAGACACAACACCUGUUCCAGAUGUCCCAAAGAAGCCUCCUGAAUGAGAGCACUACCAACUCAUGAGACUACAAACAGGAGUUGUAGCACUUACUUUGUAUGCAAGUGCUGCCUGUAGACUGUCAGCUCAGAUGGAGACACGGUGCUCAUGCCUUAUAAACCUCUGUGUGGUUUGCUAUAUAACUUUUCUCCUUGCAUGUGAGUGGGUAUGCAACAAUCAAAGCAGAUGAAAAGAUUAAGUUGCCAUAAGUACUACCGUACAUCUUUGUAAGGACAUACUGCUCUCUACUGGCCUAACACGGUAUUGCACUAUUGCUGUGUUUUUCUUCUUUUUUUUUUUAACUAAUCUAUAUAUUUCAACCAAAUCGGUGUCAGGAACUUGCUGCUGCAGCGUCAAGCUUAACUUGGAGGAAACUUUGCUCUUACCUGAGACAACAACCAUUGAGUCCAUACCAACAAUUUCAGAGGGUUUACAUGUUGGCACCUAACUAAUUUGUAAAAAUAUAAUGCAGAUAUCAUUUGCAUAUUUGGUGGUGGAAUUUAUUAAUGUUGCUAUUGUGCAUAAAUACAUUAAAGACCUUUUCUAAAAAGAAGUCAUUUUUUAUCUUUUUUUUCUGACCUCCAAUGGUUUUAAGCCAAUAAGUUCACAAAUGCUGAUUGACACAAACAAAAAAAUUAGGUCAUUUUUGUCAGAAUAUGAAAAGUUCUCUAUAUUUGGUUUGAGGUUCACCUUUCAGUAAGAUAAAAAUCCUCUACAUACAAAGAGAGCAGCAGUGGAAUAGUUUUAGAUCAAUGUUGAGACUUCAUUCCAAUUGAGAGUUUCUAAAAAUACCUAAAAAUAACUUUUCACAGGAGCUCUGCAUCCACUGCUACAGUCAGUAUUGCUGUUAAACUGCACUGCAAAAA